AAAUUUACAUGUUGCUUAGUUCACUUUGAGCAACCAAGUCUUCUCCUCCUUCCUUUUCUUAGUAUCGACAUCGUUUUAUCUGAAUAGCAUCUACACCAGUUCCAUCAGGUCAUGUCUCUCCAAUGUUCUGGGGAAAAACCUGAAAACAACGCCAGUGAAGGUUCUCUGGUUCUAUCAGAGCCUCAUGACGCGAAAAAUCUUGAUGGCCCAGGACAAGUUAAUUCACAGUCCUAUCUACAAGUGGCCGUAUACCCUAUAACUUUGAAGUUUGAGGAAGUAGUGUACAGAGUCAGCUAUCAACAGAAGGACAAGACAAUACUAAAUGGCGUAACAGGAAUGGUUGGUCCCGGGGAAAUACUAGCUAUGUUAGGUCCAUCAGGAAGCGGAAAAACUACUCUGCUUACAGCACUUGGAGGCCGCCUUGCAGGGAAACUAUCAGGCAAGAUCACAUACAACAGCAAACUGUUUUCAGGAUCAAUCAAGCGUCAGACAGGGUUCGUAGCACAAGACGACGUAUUGUACCCUCAUCUCACAGUGACUGAAACUCUCCUCUUCACUGCCCUACUUAGACUUCCAAAAACCCAAACUCAUGAAGAUAAAAUCCAUCAUGUUGAAUGUGUUAUUAGUGAGUUGGGGCUGACUAAAUGCAAGAACAGCAUGAUAGGUGGUCCGCUAUUUAGAGGCAUAUCAGGAGGGGAGAAGAAGAGAGUGAGCAUAGGACAAGAGAUGCUAAUUAACCCGAGCUUAUUGUUGUUAGAUGAGCCUACCUCAGGUCUGGAUUCAACCACAGCUCAGAGAAUACUGAACACCCUUAAACGACUAGCUUGUGGAGGUCGAACUAUUGUCACCACAAUUCACCAGCCCUCAAGCCGACUUUACUAUAUGUUUGAUAAGGUACUUUUGCUCUCAGAGGGAUGCCCCAUCUACUAUGGCCCUGCAUCUGCUGCAUUGGAUUACUUCUCCUCCAUUGGUUUUUCUACAAAUAUCUCUACAAACCCGUCUGAUCUUCUACUUGAUCUUGCUAACGGAAUUCGGCCUGAUUUAGUACAAGCAACUGAGCAAGGUGAUACAACAGAACAAGAACGGAAGUCUGUAAGAGAAGUACUAAAGGCAAGCUAUGACACCAACAUUUUCACGCGGUUGAGAACUGAAAUAUGCAGUGCUGAUGUUACUGAUUAUAGCCACACAAAAGAUGGUUCUGCAAGAGGCCGAGGAAAUUCAGAACAAUGGUGCACAAGCUGGUGGCAUCAGUUUAAGGUGCUUCUUUUAAGGGGAUUAAGAGAGCGGAGGUAUGAUGCGUUUAACAGGCUAAGGAUCUUCCAAGUGAUAAGUGUAGCCGUACUUGGAGGACUCUUAUGGUGGAACACCCCUACGUCCCAUAUUGAAGAUCGAAUCACCUUGAUUUUUUUCUUCUCGGCCUUUUGGGGAUUCUACCCUCUUUACAGUGCUGUUUUCACAUUUCCUCAAGAAAGAAGGAUGCUUAUAAAGGAAAGAUCAUCAGGAAUGUACCGCCUCUCAUCAUACUUCUUAGCCAGGACAAUUGGAGACCUUCCGUUAGAGCUUGCACUCCCAACCGCUUUUACCUUAAUAGUCUACUGGAUGGGAGGCCUCAAACCUGAUCCCUUCACAUUCAUACUCUCCCUUCUCAUUGUUCUAUACAGUGUCCUUGUCGCCCAAAGCCUCGGACUGGCCUUUGGUGCACUACUUAUGGAUGUUAAACAAGCCACUACUUUAGCCUCAGUCACUACCCUUGUUUUUCUCAUGGCUGGUGGAUAUUAUAUUCAACAAAUCCCUCCUUUUAUAGUCUGGCUUAAGUACUUGAGCUACAGCUACUAUUGUUACAAGCUUCUUCUCGGAGUUCAGUACAACAGUGAUGAUAUCUACGAGUGCUCCAAAGGCGUCUAUUGCAGGGUUGCAGAAUUUCCUGCAGUAAAAUCAGUAGGCUUAGACCAUCUAGCCAUAGAUGUGUUUGCUAUGGCUCUGAUGUUAGUCGGUUAUCGGCUUGUUGCAUACCUAGCAUUGCAGAGAGUCAGGUAACAAUGAUUCAGGACAUCAAAUUUUGCCUAAGAGAGAAUCUAAAGAUCACCCUUUCUCUUUGAAAGAAAAAUAAUGUUACAAUUUUUGCAGCAAAAAUGCUGCAAAAUUUUGAUUGUUAUCAUCUGAGACUUGCAUGUACUUUCCUUCUACCAGUAGUUUGCUAUUAUUAGCAAGUUUAAAUCACCUCUCAAGCCACUGGUAAUAUAAAUUUGAAUGUUUAAUAUAC